CGCAGUGUGUCGAGACAUGCGCAAUGGAGCCAGUUUUAAACAGUUCGCACACUCUGAUUGGAUGAUAGAUCGCGUCACUCUACACUGGCUGGUAAACGAAAGAUGAUUGGUCAAUAGUUUCGGAGCUCAGCGCCAAGGGUCGAUUUAUCGAGGUUGCACGCGUUGAAUUCAUUCGUGGAGUGGAGCAAAGACAUUUCAGGCCUACAGCCACAAAUUCUCAGUUUCUAUGUGUUAUUUGUCGUCGAAAGCCACAGAAAAAGAGCUCUGUUGUUAAAAGAGCUAAUCAUAGUACGAUUCGGCAGCUUGAGGUUCAUUUCAAGGAUUUCUACAAAGUUGAAGGUUUCUGUGGUUUGAGAAAGUAUCGAUUCGAGUGUAUUUAAGGAGACGGGAUCUUCAGCGCCGGAAGAAACUCAUCAUGCUGCUGGAAGCCAAGACUAGACACACUGUUGACGCAUGCUCGUGCCGGAAAUCUUGGUCUGCUUGACAUAGACAGUUGAGAUAAUGCAAGUAAUACUGUUCUUCGUCGUUGCCACCCUGUGCCUGUCCCUUACCUACUCGGUCAAGAUCGGGAAGUUCGAACCCCGUUGCCCACCGGGUAGUUUUAGGAACGCCGUGAGCGGUCUGUGUCAGGUCUGCACCCAGCCUUGCCCGAGCCCGCUGGUGGAGAUCAGCGCAUGCCGGCACGACGCGGACGCGGUCUGCGGCGCGCCAGACGCGCACGCGGACGUGGACGCAGCUGACGUCAUCAUCGUCGACAACAAGCCCCGCCCCAUCAAGUCCUGCUCGGCAGACUCCUUCUUCAACCGUGGGACCGGACUCUGCCAAGAGUGCAUCCGAUUCUGCGCUCCACCCCUCGUGAUGACGGAGCCGUGCCGUAGGAAAUCGGACGCCGUCUGCGGCCGGCCGCGUCAGGCGGCAGGGAAAACCUCAUCACGCCGCAGGAAGGACAAACACGAGCGGAAACGAAGGCGAAAAACUCGCAAGAAGCCAAAGAAAAGACCCUCGCCCCAGACGACUUCCAAUACGGCAACGUCGGACCAGCUGUGCAGUGAGAACAGAGAGCAGUUUUACGACUCCACACAGGGACGCUGCCUCCAGUGCCGAAGCUGCGACGGCGCAUUGGAAGAAAUCUCCCCGUGCACGAGUACCAGCGAUCGCGUCUGCAGUCCGAAGCACGGACCGGCCAGUACGAAGGCCCCACAGACCGGAAGCAGCGCCACAGAGCUCCAAUCCAACGAACUACCAAAGGAUGGUCACACUAAGUCGGAGAUGAGCAACAGGUCUCGCAACAACGAGUAUCCAGACUCGCGAGCGGACUCUGGCAGCGACAAACACCCUGGCAAGACUGACACGCUCCGGGGGAACUCGGCUGACAACCAAGACCAUGUCAGCGCGGACCCAAUUCACAGUAACAUUGCCGAAUGAAACACACACAAAAACACAUGGAGAACUGUGCACUGUUCUGUUCCAUGUUUUGUGGAGAUGAGGUCAUGUUCCACAAUUGAUAAGGGGUGACAUUUAUUGAGUGGAUGAAAGGACGAAACGACACUGGACGAAAUAUAAUAUUAAGACUUAUAAAACAGGAAAAAAGUAGGGGAGAAAAACAUCAACAACACUUUCAUCCGCACCCUAUCUGUAGCAUUCCCUUCACAACGUGGCUACGAGAAUGUUUCUUAAAUGUGUAUAGUAAUAACAGGGUAACAGUUAUUUCUCAGUGAGCUAGAAGAUAAGGGAACAUACGAUAUAAAAAAGUAAAUAAAGAAACUAACCGAAAGGCCCUCUCAUACAAACCAACGACAGGGCACAGACACAAAACACGGACAGAGACUAACGGACAGACGAGUUCGAAAACAAUUGACCUAUCGCGGUAGAAUCACGUUAGAAUCGCGUCAACGCAGCUUGUGAAAUAUUGUCCAAUUACAUGUUAUACAAAUGGACGCGGAACAUCUAAGACAAACAAAACUUACGUACAAGAAUUCCGUAGUGGCCAACUCGCAAACGGCGAUAGGUCAACUGAAGACGUGACAAGGAUCACACAUUGAGUCGAAUAACCAGUAAUUAAGGACAGUAGAUGGAGCAACUGUAUAUAGAAGUGUAUAAAAUCAUAUUUUACUCCUACAUGUGUACUUGUUUCUAAAUAACUCCAGCAUUGAGAGUGCAGCCUUUCGGCAACGUUGUCCAGACUUUGGACAUUUAGACGUCAAAGCGGCGAAGCCGUAAUAAGGCGAAUUGAGGAGACUACACUUAACGGGGAGAGUGACGAAUCACGAGCGCGUGGGCCUUGCUCAAUUUGCCUCGAGCGACUAACCGCCGCUCGGUGAAUACCUGUCCAAUUCACGGCUUGUCGUAAUGCUACGUUGCUUGUAUGACUGGUUAGGCAUUAAGUGGUUGUACAUACGUGGUUUCAAAAAGUACAGGAAUUUCAAAUCGGCUCUGAAGCCGAGGUUCUCAAUGUUGUCUUUUGCUGAGAGGAUUAAAACAAGAAAAGAGCCUCCAUUCUUGCCAUAACUUAACAAUGAGAGCCUCGGUUUGAAUGCUACUUUGGGACUCAUGUGCGACGUAGUAUUCAUUGGUGGCGUUUUAUGGGUCCUAAAGUGGGCUCUUUCGAGAAAAUUGCACAAAAAUUUUUACUUUAUGCUUCAUGCAUUUACAGGGCUCCGUAGUCAUUUUUAGACAUCUGUAUAAUUAUUAUCAGUAACUGUCUGUCCCUGUUACAGUGUGAUGAGAACAUUGGUUAACCUCAGUUUUCAAACAUCCCGCAUCUGCGGAUAUUUCAUAAGGUAUUUUGUUACAGAAAAUCCGGCACUGUGGUUGCAAGUAAAAUUUUUAGGCUGACCAAUUUCCGCAAUUAUAAUUGUUUGUUUGAUAUUUCCUCAGCGGCAUUGUUCAUUGAAACUUAUAACAAACCACGAACGUCCCCUGUUUUUCCCCAUUUUACAAGAACUGGAAACUGAGAGUGACACUAAACCACUCCAAAAGAAUCCAUUGCUGCAAAGGCGUAUCAAAUGCAAUUUCAGAGUUUAUUCAAACGCGGUGUAUGGACUUUAACCCAUUCUUUUCAUUAAUUAGUAACUAUACAGCAACCCAGCUGGGAACUAGCUACGAGGAAGUAAUAUACAUUAAAAAGGGGGAUUUGCACCGAUAACCACCUGCACUAAAACUUCGAAUGGCAAACUUCCUGCAUUUUCUUUCCCUGGACAGUAAUUACGACGAAUUUUGCCACGUGAUCAGUGUACGUCCGAGUGGCGACACCCCCUUUCAAUGGAGAAACCAUUGUACACGCUAUUGUACAAAGCAUGCCACGUGGCAUAUGAUCUGAACAAUAGCUAGCAUAAAGCUUCCGCCAUUGAGGGGGGCCAUUUGUGAUAGGAGUGAUAACGUACCCUAAUAAUGGUUUAUACCUGAAUCUAGGAUGGGAAAUGUAAUUUACAUUCUUGAUUCUUUGAUUUUUCUGAACAAAAUUAGGAUCAAAACCUUUGUACUGAAAACUGAAUUCCCCUAUGAAUCUCAUUCUAAUUUUUUCCUUCAUUAACACUUCCUUUAUCCUUUUCGUUAGCAUUAUUGCAUUAUUAAUAUGACAUGUAUUAUUAAUAUGAUAAAAUAAUAUGUAUUAUUAAUAUGAUAUUUUGUUAUUGAGAAGGUGCCUUUUUUGUACGAUAGUUCCGAGUUGUAUUAUGGACCAAAAAAAUAUUCGUGACGUUUAAGCACAUUUUAAAGGGGACCAAAUUGU